UAUGUGUUGUCUGUAUUGAAAGGCACACCAAUUGAGUGCAUGUUUUCACUCAAAACCAUUCAUUCAAUCGAUUAUUGAUUUUGUGUUUGUUUUUUGAAUUGAAUUCACAUUUUGUUUAUGAUUUUCAAUUGAUUUGACAAUUAAGACAAUGCUUUGGGCGACCAUUGCUUCGGUGGUCAUCACAUAACAGCUGUCCACUCAAUGUCCACAACUGCCGCCACAAUAUGUCUCACGCGUUUGGAUCAGUUGUGGCCCUAUUAUUAUCCACUGUUCUUCAGCUCACAUCCAGUCAUCCCAUUCUCGUUGUCGUAUCGUUUGAUGGCUUCAGAAGUGAUUACGUGAGACCAGAGUUGACGCCAACCCUUCAUAAGUUGGCUCAGUAUGGGGUCAAAGCUCACAUGAUGUCCUCGUUUGUGACCAAAACAUAUCCCAAUCACCAGACAAUAGCCACCGGUUAUUACGAAGAAUAUCACGGAAUCGUUAACAACGAGAUGUUUGAUCCGCAAUACAACGAGACGUUUACGCCGACGGAUAUCGACAGGUCUGCCAACAAGUGGUGGGACGAGAAGCCAGUGCUUCCCAUUUGGAUCGCCAAUCAAUUGGUGGACUCCACCAACCGAUACAGCGGUUCCAUGCAAUGGCCCGGAAGUCAUGUCAAAUACAAGAACCAAACGAUUAAAUAUCUACACGGUUUUGAUGACGGCAUGACUUGGGAUAAGAGAAUUGAUAAAAUGAUUGAUUGGAUGACUGCGCCGACAGAGCCGGCCAACUGUGUGUUCGCCUAUUUCGACGAACCGGACACUACUGCCCACGAAUUCGGGCCCUUCAGUGAAGAGGUGUACGCGAAGGUUAAACUCGCGGAUAAGACAAUCGCGCAUUUGCUUAAGAGGUUGCAAGAGACGGGUCUUUUGAGUCAUACAAAUCUGAUUGUGCUGUCAGAUCAUGGCAUGGCUGAGAUCAGGUCUGAGCGAGUGAUCAAAUUGAAUGAGUUCCUGAACGCGUCGUGGUAUGACAUGUACGGCGCGUCACCCGUUUGGUCCAUUCAACCCAAGCCCGGCUUCGAAGACAAGGUUUUCCAGACUCUAUUCAAUGCGUCCAAAACCAUGAAUUUCACGGUCUAUAAGAAGGAAGACAUACCACAAGAGUUUCACUACAAGAAUCACCGAAGAAUUUUGCCUAUAUUUCUAAUGGCCGACGAGGGGUGGGAUAUAUUCCGGAACAUGACGUGGACUCCAAAAGGAGGAAAUGUGUGGGGAAAUCACGGCUACAAUAACUCAUUGCCGUCGAUGCAGCCCCUGUUCAUCGCCAGCGGACCCGCAUUCAAGUCCGGCUACAAUCACGCCAAGCCUUUCAUUAAUGUAGAUCUCUAUCCAUUGAUGUUACGGGUAUUGCAAUUGUUUCCCACAACUCAGUUCCCGAGCAAUGGAUCG